AUGCCCACUCACAUUCAGCUCAAGCUGUUUGCCUACACUGCAGCGGCCUUCCUCCAGACCACGUGUCCCUUGGCUCAGGUGCCCGUUUUCGCAAACGCCGUCGACACCCCCACCGCACCUGGACAGGAGCACCUUGCUCACACCCAAGUACUUUUGCCCGCAGUCGUCGACCCCGUACACUUUGACGAUGGCACUGCCAGAGAGCAGCAGAGCGGAGGCUAUGCGCCCGACUUUGCCUACUUUGCACGCAGUCUGCUUGGACGGCAAGCCGAGGAGGUAGGCCAGCUGAAGGACGACGAGAAGAUGGACGUCGACAUCGACCCCGAGAGUACCGUCUACUUUGUGCUGGAGAAGAGCCAGUUGCAGGCUCGAAGCAGACCGAACGCGCUCGUGAACCCGCUGGACGCGACAAGCUCAAAGGACAACUCCAUGAGCGAGCGCACCGCUGACGACGGUGACGACGAGACCAACACACCCUCACUAGCUGGAGUCGCAGGUGAGAUACGGCAGGCGCAGCAGGAGGCUGGAACGAAGCUGUGGAUAUCCGCAAACACUUGCAAACAGCCUCUGCCCGGCAACAAUGCCUCGUCCACGGGCGCGCCUCAGCUCACGUUGUACGUGUCGACUUCAGCUCAGAACCAAAAGCCAGGCCCGAGCUCUACAGAACACCUUUCCACGAACACGACCGGCAUACCCUUUGACAACGGAUACGUGUCGCUUGAGGUCAACGCCACGUCUGACGUGUACAUUGGUAUCUCGGCACCCAAGCUGAACGAUAACUGGUUUGGGAGCUGGCACUUCGAAGUCGCCGCAAGCACCGAUGGUUCCUACCACAGCUACAACAAAACCAACCCAUUCCUUUUCAUGGUUGAUACGGACAGCGAGUCUACGCUGUUCAUUACAUACAACCUCACCGAUUCCAACAAAGCGGAAGACAUCGCCAAGUGGAACAAGUCAAAUCCCUUCGCCAUGUAUGCUUUCCCAGCUGGCCGAUCACCAGUCACGGGCAUGGAGAACUCGUACUGCGCACUGAAACAUCAAUUCAAUUCGACAAACAACAUCACGGUUGAUACAAAAAUCACGACCAAGUUUGGCGCUGGCUAUCCGAAAAGCCAGUUUAACAUCCAUAACCUCGACAACUCUCAAACAUACAAUGGCUAUCUGGUAGUCGAAGGGAAUCAGGAAACAGUCGAUUUGCCCGGUGUUGGCAGGGUUCGCGCUGGCGGUAAAGUCUUUCAGCAGUUCAACUGGACCACAAAAGCCGACGAUUCAUGCCAGGUUCUGACGGAUCUCGAAUUUUGCGACACCGUGGCGUAUGCUGUUCCAUCAUCUUCAGAAUACAAGUACAAAGACGACGACUUGAAGAAACUUUAUGACGAUCAAGCAAAAAAGUACUUCAAGAAUUUUACAAAUUCCCUCGACCAGGUUGCGUGCGAUGCGCCUUCCACGGCUCAGUAUUCUCUUGCUCGAAACUGCACGCACUGCAGAGAGGACUACAAAACAUGGCUAUGCUCUGUUUUGAUUCCGAGAUGUGAGGACUGGACUGCCGACAAUGACUGGCUCCAGCCACGUAAUGUCAAGGCGAGCUUUCCCGACAGCACGUUUCCAUAUGCCAACAACAUGAGUGCCGAGUUCAACGCAACAUUACGCGACCGUUUCGGAUACAGCCAGAGCCGUAACCCCUUGAUUGAUACCACUAUCAAACCAGGGCCGUACAAAGAGAUGCUUCCGUGCGAGGAUUUGUGUUUCGAUCUAGUCAGAAGCUGUCCCGCACAGCUUGGAUUUGCAUGCCCCAACAACCCCGGGAGGGCUCUAUCGUACGGCAAGCGGGAUCCUGAUGGUGAUGUUUUGAUGUGCAAUUUUCCUGGCGCAGUGGUCAAGCUGAAUGUGCAAGGUGCAGCUGGUUUUCUAAGCUUGCAGUCAGGCAGCGUCGCGCUCGUUGCUUCGACGCUUCUGACCAUUUUUGUCAUCUCGUGGUAA